CCCCGCCUCGGCGGCGGGGGGACUCGCCCCCGAACUCCCUGAACUUGAGCGUCCUGCAAGUAUUUGACCCCCACCCUGGGAGGCGCCCCUCGACGACCCCCGCGUGCCGAACCCCCUGCCGGCCAGUGCCUGCCUUCCAAGGGCCUGGGGGGCCCGGCCGGAGCUGACCGGCCCCAGCCCCGCGCCAGGCCACGAUGCUCAUGAGGAAAGUGCCCGUCUUCGUGCCGGCCUCCCCGUGGGGGCUGCGGCUGCCGCAGAAGUUCCUCUUCCUUCUCUUCCUCUCGGGCCUCGUCACCCUGUGCUUCGGGGCGCUCUUCCUGCUGCCCAACUCCUCUCGCCUCAAGCGCCUCUUCCUGGCCUCCCGGACCCAGCAGCCCGGCCUGGAGGUGGUGGCCGAAGUCGCCGGCCACCCCCUGGCCCGCGAGCAGGAGUCGCCUCCCAACCCGGCCCCCGCCGUGCCAGCCCCGGGUGAGGACGACGCCAGCAGCCAAGCCAGUGCCCGCCGCCGGAAAGGGUGGCUGCGACGCACGCACCCCACCGGGACGCGUGAAAUGGCCACGGCGGCCCGGAGCAGCGGCAGCGCGGCCCUGCGACCCCAGGGGGCCACGGCGGCCCGGAGCAGCGGCAGCGCGGCCCUGCGACCCCAGGAGCCGAGCAUCCCGUUCAGCUUUGACUUCCACGCCUUCCGGAGCCGCCUCCGCCACCCGGUCCUGGGGGCUGGGACUGACGAGAGCAAGGAGCCCCAAAGCCUGGUUCGAGCCCAGCGGGAGAAAAUCAAGGAGAUGAUGCAGUUCGCCUGGCAGAGCUACAAGCGUUAUGCGAUGGGGAAAAACGAGCUCCGGCCCCUCACGAAAGACGGCUACGAGGGCAACAUGUUUGGAGGCCUUAGCGGGGCGACCAUCAUUGACUCCCUCGACACGCUCUACCUCAUGGAGCUGCAGGAGGAGUUCCAGGAGGCCAAGGCUUGGGUUGAGGAGAACUUCCACCUGAACGUGAGUGGAGAAGCAUCCUUGUUUGAGGUGAACAUCCGGUACAUCGGGGGACUCCUCUCCGCCUUCUACCUGACGGGAGAAGAGGUAUUCCGGAUCAAGGCCAUCAAGCUGGGAGAGAAACUUCUGCCCGCCUUCAACACCCCGACGGGAAUCCCCAAAGGGGUUGUGAACUUCAAAAGCAGCUCCAACCGGAGCUGGGGCUGGGCCAUGGCAGGCAGCAGCAGCAUCCUGGCGGAGUUCGGAUCCCUGCACUUGGAGUUCUUGCACCUCACCGAGCUCUCUGGCAACCAGGUGUUCGCAGAAAAGGUCAGGAACAUCCGGAAGGUCCUUAGGAAGAUUGACAAGCCCUUCGGCCUCUACCCCAACUUCCUCAGCCCAGUGAGCGGGAACUGGAUGCAACACCACGUCUCGGUUGGAGGACUCGGGGACAGUUUUUAUGAAUAUUUGAUCAAAUCCUGGUUGAUGUCAGCCAAGACAGAUGUGGAGGCUAAAGAUAUGUACUACGAAGCCUUGGAGGCCAUAGAGACCCACUUGCUGAAUGUCUCUCCUGGGGGGCUGACCUACAUUGCCGAGUGGCGAGGGGGCAUUCUGGACCACAAGAUGGGGCACCUGGCCUGUUUCUCCGGGGGCAUGAUCGCCCUCGGCGCUGAGGAUGCCAAGGAAGAAAAGAGGGCCCGCUACCGAGAGCUUGCAGCCCAGAUCACCAAGACGUGCCACGAAUCGUACGCCCGCUCAGAUACCAAACUGGGGCCUGAGGCCUUCUGGUUUAAUUCUGGCAGAGAGGCAGUGGCCACACAGCUGAGCGAGAGCUACUACAUUCUGCGGCCCGAGGUGGUGGAGAGCUACAUGUACCUGUGGCGACAGACGCACGACCCUAUCUACAGGGAGUGGGGCUGGGAGGUGGUGAUGGCCUUGGAGAAAUACUGUCGAACAGAAGCUGGUUUCUCUGGGAUCCAAGAUGUGUACAGUAGCGUUCCCAACCACGACAACAAGCAGCAGACUUUCUUUCUAGCGGAGACACUGAAGUACCUCUAUCUUCUGUUCUCUGAAGAUGACGUGUUCUCCCUGGAAGACUGGGUGUUCAACACGGAGGCCCACCCCCUCCCCGUUAACCACUCGGACAGCUCUGCAAGGGUUGGGGGCCAACUCUGACCCCACCUCCCUUGCCGCUCUUGGGGCCCAGAGGGUCGCCUUGCCUUUUCAGGAUUUGGGACUGUUCUCAAAGGGAUUGAGAACGUAGCCCCUGUCCUGGGCAGACCCAGGGCAGACGUGUCGGACAAGCAACUUCUUUUCCUCUGUGAGGAGACAGGACUUGGAGACGCAGCAAAUGUCACACCAGUUUCCUUCCUAUGGAGAAUUUCUAUGAAACCCACUCACUCGCCAUUCCAGGGCCCAAUGACUGGAGGUUUGCCGAUUGUCCCCAUAUAUUUGAUUCCCUUCCUUCCAUUUGGGGAGGGCUUUUUGUUUGUUUGUUUUGCUUGAUUUUGCCUUUUCUCUGCAGUUGUGUUUUAUCACAAAUUACAUAGUUUCAAAAUCAUAUGCUUUCAAAAGCAGUAUCAUCUUGAUAAACUAAACCUUAAAAUGUUUGCACACACAAACCUUGACCCCAUUUUCUAUAUUUUAAAUGCCUUUUGCCCAACAUUUACUAUAUGUUCAACGAUGUGGCAUUUAUCUUAUAAUUUGAGAAGGCGCUGCCUUUUGAUUUGGGCCUAAAUGUUAACGAAUCACUAGUGCUAUUUUCAUUAUGGUAAUGGAAAAAUCCGUAAACUUACAAUAAAAGAGUUUAUUGAAUAAGAAAUACAA